AUGUGGACCAAUCGAUCUAAGGAGAGUUUAGCAUUGAAUCUCAAAGAAAAACAGGACCUUGUGGUCUUGAUGAAGCUCCUUGAACGCGCCGACGUACUCGUUCAGAAUUUGGCUCCGGGUGCAGCUGCGCGACUUGGCCUAACGUACGAAGCAUUGAAGGAACUUCACCCUUCCUUGAUUGUGUGUGACAUCUCUGGAUAUGGUCAGGAUGGUCCCUAUCGCAACAAGAAAGCAUAUGACCUUCUCAUCCAAAGCGAAGCCGGGAUGCUCUCCGUUACUGGCUCUGGCAAGCAGCCUGCGAAAGUAGGUAUUUCUAUUGCUGAUAUCUCUGCUGGAAUGUACGCGUACACAAAUAUUCUGUCGGCACUAAUACAGCGUGACAAGGAUGGCCAAGGCUGUCAAAUCGACAUCUCGAUGUUAGAGAGCAUGGUCGAGUGGAUGGGCUUCCCCAUGUACUACGCCUUCGACGAUGCCCCUGGCCCAGUACCUGCGGGCGCAUCCCACGCAUCCAUUUAUCCAUAUGGUCCUUUCGAGACUGGCGAUGGUCUGUCGGUCAUGCUCGGAAUCCAAAAUGAAAGGGAAUGGGUCAACUUCUGCCGCGACGUUCUGUUUCAGCCUGAGCUAGCCGCGGACUCUCGUUUCUCAAGCAACUCUCUACGCACGCAAAAUCGAGACGAUUUAAAAGCCAUCAUUUGCCUUGCUUUUUCUGAAUUGACUGCCGAAGAGACUAUUGCAAGACUUGACAAGGCUGCGAUUGCAAAUGCGAAUGUUAACGACAUGCACGGGGUCUGGAAACAUGCCCAGCUAAAGGCUCGCGACCGUUGGUCAGAAGUGCAAACUCCAGCAGGGGUCAUCCGGACUCUGUUACCGCCUGGCGCGACCAAGAGUGCCGAUCAGGGUGGAUAUGGGGCCCAGAUGGGAUCGGUUCCGAGAGUCGGGGAACACAACCGGGCGAUUUUGGCAGAGUUAGGCUUUUCCAAAUAG